UUAACAUCAAGUUCCACUGACUCAUCAUCUGUAUCACCAACUUUUAGUACCUUAACAACAUCCACUGAAAUUCCUACCAUUGUGCCAUCUGCUUCUCCAACUUUCACUGAAUCCCUUUCUACAAAUGUACCUUCUACAGAUUUUGUGUCUUCAGUCACCACAGAAAGUACUAGCCUAACCACAGCUGGUGGUAAUUUUACAGAAAGUUCUAUAUCAAGUACCACAUUAGAUACAACCAGAACCACUUCUCCCAUCACCGGUAUCCUCCCAACAUCUGGUACAUCUGUCAACUCAACAAUGACAAGUUUCAUUUCAAGUGAGACAUUAACAAAAACAACAGCAACACCUUCUUUGAGCUUCACAACAUCUGUUCAAGAAAAUAAUACCGCUUCUAUCCUAAGCACAUCUAUUACAAAUUCUACAGAAUCUACCACAGCAAGUACCACAUUAGAUACAACUGGAACCAUUCCUAGCACUACCAAUGAUAAACUAACAACUGACAAAUCUGACAUCACAACAAUGACAGGCACAGUUUCAAAUCCUACAUCUACAUUAACAACAGCAAGAACUACACCUUCUGUGAACUCAACUACAUCCAUAACAACAAAUAGCACCACUACUAGUCUAGUCACAGCUGGGAUCAAUUCUACCGAACCUUCUACAUCAAAUACCACAUUGGAUACAACCGAAACCCCUUCUCCCACCACCACUGCACCAUCAACUACCAACUCAACAACAACAAGCAUCCUUUCAAGUUUUAUGUCUACAUUAACAACAGCAGCAUCAACAUCAACAACACCAUCUUUGAUCUCAACCACAUCCACACCAGCGAAUACUACUAAUACUACUACUACCCUAAGCACAACUGCUACAAAUUCUACGGAAUCUUUUACAGCAAGUACUACAUUAGAUACAACCAGAAUUACUUUCACCACUGCCUUUCCAACAACUGGCACAUCUGUGAAUUCAACACCGACAAGUGUCUUUUCCAAUCUAACAUCUACAUUAACAACAUUGACAACAACAACAACACCAUCUUCGACUACACCAACAGCAAGUAAUAGCAGUACUAGUUUAAGCACCGAUAGUAUCAUUUCUACAGCAUCUUCUACAACCGGGACCACUACCACCACCAUGCAAGCAAAUGUUACCUCUGUCAACUCAACAGUGACAUCUGCACCUAUAUCUGUAUCGACAACAACCAUCAGUACAACACCCUUUUUGAGCUUGACUACAACAACAACAGCAAGUAAUGCCAGCACUGGUCUAAGCACAGCUGGGAAUGUUUCGACAGGACCUUCAACAGCAAGUACCAUAUUAAAUACAACCAGUACCACUUCUCCUACGAAUACCACCACUUCUGUAGCCACAACUGGUUCUUCUGUCAACUCCACAACGACUAACGCUCUUUCAACUCUCACAUCUACAUUAACAACAGCAACAACAACACCUAAUACUACAACAGCAUUGACAUCUACUGUGACCGUAAUACCUACAGCAACAAAUACUUCUACAACAAUGACGACACCUACUACAACGACACCGUCAGCAAGUAAUAGCAGUACAAGUUUAAGCACAGAUAGUAUAAUUUCUACAGCAUCUUCUACAACCGGAAUCACUUCUACCACCACCACUAUGCAAGCAAAUGUUACCUCUGUCAACUCAACAGUGACAUCUGCACCUAUAUCUGCAUCAACGACAACCAUCAGCACAACACCCUCUUCAAGCUUGACUAUAACAACAGCAAGUAAUGCCAGCACUGGUCUAAGCACAGCUGGGAACAUUUCGGCAGGACCUUCAACAGCAAGUACCAUAUUAAAUACAACCAGUACCACUUCUCCUACUAAUACCACCACUUCUAUACCUACAACUGGUACAUCUGUCAACUCCACAACAUCAAGCUUCCUUUUAACUUCGCCAUCUACAUUAUCAACAGCAACGAUGACACCUACUACCACAACAACUACACCAUCAGCAAGUAAGAGUAGUACUAGUUUAAGCACAGCAUCUUCUACAACCGGAACCACUUCUACCAACACCACCAUGCAAGGAAAUGUUACCUCCGCACCUUCAUCUGCAUCAACAACAACCAUCAGCACGACACCCUCUUCGAGCUUAACUACAACAACAGCAAGUAAUGCCAGCACUGGUCUAAGCACAGCUGGGAACAUUUCGACAGGACCUUCAACAGCAAGUACCACAUUAAAUACAACUAGUACCACUACUACUCGUACUACCAUCACUUCUGUAGAACCAACUGGUACAUCUAUCAACUCCACAACGACAAGCGUCCUUUCAUCUUCAACAAAUACUUCUGCAACAACGACAACAUCUACUACUAUUACAACACCUAAUACUACAACGACAACAACUUCUACUCUUACAGCAACAAAUACUUCUACUACUGCUACAACACCUACUACUACAACACCUAAUACUACAACAACAACAACGCCUACUACUACAACGACAACAACACCACCUACUACUACGACAACAACGACACCUACUACAACGUUGACAACAACCACCACAACCGCAGCUUCUUCAUUUUGUGAUGUCUCGAUAAGACUUCUCAAUCUCACCAGUGAAUUGGUCACCAUCAGGCUCAUCUCACAAGGAGCUCCGGCCAACGCUGCCUAUGUAGUGACCCUGUCUGAAAAUGGCAAAGUCCUACAAAACGUUAACACCGCCAACACCACCGUCAGCUUCCUUGGGCUUUUUCCUUCGCUUGAGUAUCAAAUAACCGUGCAGCAGACGUUCUGCCCCAGAAGAGCGAAUUACACCCUGGGGUUCAUGACAAAGGCGCGAAUAUUUACUGCGCAAUUCAGGUCGUUGACAGAAAACUACAAACCUGACUACGCAAACUCAUCUAGUCAAGCCUUCCUGGACUUUGAGAGAAACUUUAUUAAUGAGUUACUACAGUACUUGGCGGACCUUGUGAAAGAAUUGAUCAACGCUGGUCGGAUGAGAGUCGUGUUGACCAGCCUGAAAAGCGGCAGCGUCAUCGCCACUUAUGACGUCAUCACCAACGUCGCUGACAACAUCACAGUGCAGAAUGUGACGACAGAUUUCACUGCAGCCCUUAAACAAAGCGUUGCCCUACAGAUAGACCCAUCAUCAUAUCAGUAUAUGGCCCUAAACGUCUGUGUAUCUGAUAUGAAUAGAUGUUCUGUGAAUGCGACCUGCACAUCCGACAUGGGAGCGGCCUCUUGCCAAUGCAAAUCUGGAUUUGUUGACUUGAGUCCAAGUGUCCCAGGGGUCAUGUGUGACAUAGAUGAGUGCGCAGCCGUAAACACGUGUUCACAACUGGCAAACUGUAGCAACACUUACGGGAGUUACGAAUGCCAGUGCAUGCCAGGGACUAUGGAUCAAAACCCUUCCAACCCUGGACGGGACUGUGUAGAUAUAGACGAGUGUGCAACAGGCAAUAACAUGUGUUCACCGCUGGCAAAAUGUACCAAUACUAUCGGAAGUUACCAAUGCCAGUGUAUACCAGGGACUGUAGAUCAGAACUCUACCAACCCUGGACGGAACUGUGUAGAUAUAGACGAGUGUACAACAGGCAACAACACGUGUUCACUGCUGGCAAAAUGUACCAACACUAACGGGAGCUACCAAUGCCAGUGUAUACCAGGGACUACAGAUCAAAACAUUACCAACCCUGGACGGAACUGUGUAGAUAUAGACGAGUGUACAACGGGCAAUAACAUGUGUUCACCGCUGGCAAAAUGUACCAACACUAAUGGGAGCUACCAGUGUCAGUGCUUUCCAGGAAUACUGGAUCGUAACCCCUCGAAUGCUGGACGGGACUGUUUAGAUCCCGUCACCUGUUAUAACAAGGAGACAUUCUGCUCUGGGGACACUACCUGCGACGUGGAUAAUAAAGUCGGCAUAUGUGCUAGUAAACAGGCAUUCCCAACCAAUAUCGUCAUAGAAAACAGAAUUUUCAACGAUUCCUUUUAUAACCCAUCCAGCGAAGCCUAUAGAAACCUUGCUGCACAAUUUACAGUCAAUCUAACCAAUUACAUGAAGACGGCGCUAAAUGAGAGCAGCUUCAACAUCAUCGUGGUGGGCUUCAGGAGGGGCAGCAUCAUCGCCUACUUCGUGUCAUUUGUAAACUCGACGACCCCAAUCAGCUCUACGGCAAUGGAAAACGCUCUGAGAAUUGGUGCCCAAAGCGUCCUGGGUACUACAAACAUCACAGUCAAUGUGAUGCCAUCAAUACCCACAAACUCGACCACAAGCACGACGACGAGUGAAAACAACUGGAGGACGGCGACAAUAGUGGUGGCCGUCCUGCUGGGGGCGCUGUUAUUAAUAGUUGUAGUCUUGUCCGCUGUGUGGAUAUACACCAAGAGCAGAGUCGGGAGAUACUCGCCUUAUAACGAGAACAUCCUCGCUUCCAAAUACAGGAGCUUCUAGAGAAAACAGAACUUUAAAGUUACCAAAUGUAUCUGAAUUUAUUCUGCAAAAUUCUAUAGUAAAAUUCUUUCCAGAAUUCCUGGACUGGACUGAAAGA